AGAUAUAAUGAUGCUGGAUAAUCACCAGUUACUCGAAAGUACUCCUUUAAUACAAAAGAUAAUCAGAAGGUCCUUAGUCGACCCUAAUUUCGGCGGAUGUUCGACUCGCAGGGAUAACCAGUAAUUCAUAGACUAGUGCCAAGCCCACAACUAUAUAAAACCGAAGCAAUAGUGUGCCGCGAAGUUCGUGAGACGUAACGUUUGACCUAAAGUAACUUUUUAAGGAUUAUGGAAAUAUUUUUGUAAGUUUAUAUCGUUCUUAGAUAUAAAGUGAGUUACAUUAAUACACAUAAAUGAAGAGGAUAAUUUCUAGCAGCCGUUGAUGAUGCAAAUCAAAAUUAUGCCACAACUAUUAUUAACAACGAUCAAUCAUCACAUACUACUCGCCUUUCUUGCAUUAGUUUUACUAACGAAAUGUUCCUCGAGCCAAGGAUCACCUUGCCAAAGCGACAGCUGGUGGGAUUCAGUUAAUGAUAAAUGUGUCCAGUGUUCAAAAUGUUCUGGACAAUUAAUAGCCAUAAGGCCAUGUCAACUCCAUCGGGAUACGAUAUGUGGUAGUAUCCACGAUUUGAAGAUUGACAUGACGAUAUUAUCAAAAACCGAACCGAACUGGAAAGAGCGACGAAAGGAACGAAACGAAUCACUUGUGGCUGGAAAUCACCAACAAGAGGUUCCACUAGAUUGGCAGGCUGUAUCCCUAAUAGCUGUAGCCGUGGCAUGUCUUAUGUUCUUCCUGGCAGCCGCCUACGUAUUAAUACAACACAUGAGAGAGUGGCGACAGAUUGAACGUAGAUUAGAUCGAGAUGUGGAGGAGCUCUCAGCGAAGUUGAUGGCCAAACUGGCCCAAGUCCAAAAUUUGGAAAAUGCAAGCUUUUUCAUUGAAAAUCCUGUAAUUGAUUCACAUACAGGUCCUGUCGAAAUUCGAUGCGUUUAUCUAGAUCAGCUUUUGGCUGAAAAAGGUAACAAUAAAACGAAAUCAACGAAUCGAGGAAACUUAUACAUAGAGGAUUCUAAAAGCUGAAUUAAAACCGCUACUUACGAAACUUGUACAUGAAAUUGUUUUUAUUAAAUAAUAUAAUAUUUAACGUUGUUAAUCUGUUGGAGUCAGUUGAUUUCUGCUUCUGAGGAAGGCGCCGCUUUAUCUAAUCUUAUCUCUAUUCCAAUAAAACGAAAUUGUAAUGUAAAAUAUCUACAAAUAACAUAAAUAUUAUGGAAUAACAUUUGUUUGAAAACAUAAAGUUUAAGCAAUGUACAAAGUAUUUGUAAUUCGUUAUUUGAAUGUUUGAAUGAGACACAAGUGCAGAUAUGGCUACUUUGGUGAGACGAGAGAGAACGAGGGAAUAAACCCCGCCAGGAAUAAUUCCGCGUUCAAAAUAAAUUGAAUAAUAAUGUUAUUACUUAAUAUGAGGAUUGAAUACUUAAAUAACUUUACGUUGCAGCUGAGCACUUCUGUAAAUAGAUAUUUUGUGUAUUGUAGCUUUUUGUACUACUGGAUAACGAUUUUAGAAAUAUAAAUAAAUAAUCAUUUUA